GAAUUCCGUCGGGUCGGCGGCGCCCGGCCGCCAUCUCCAACUCAUUGCAUCCGCAUGGCGACAUUCUCCCUCUCUCCCUCUGCCGCCCCAUCCGUCCCCACUGUGGUUGCGCCACGCGUGACGGGGCACGGCGAGCUCGACGGCCACACCGUCUACCACAUCGAGACGACGCUGCCGUCCGCCGCUCCCGCCUCUGAGCCGGCGCAGCCGGUGCGGUCGUCCAAGCGAUUCUCCGAGUUCCGGCAGCUGCACGCGACGCUGAGCCUCGCGACGCCGGCCGUGGCCGACGCAUUCCCCAUCUCGCGCGCCUUCUUUGCCGGCGCCUCCGUCAAGCGCGAGCGCGAGAAGAAGCUGCAGGCGUACCUCGAAAAGGCGUGCGAGGAGACGUCGCGCGCGACGGCGGGCUGCCUGCCGGUCGCGCUGCUCGCCUUCCUCGGCGUGCCCGCGGCGCUCGAGGCGGAGGCGCGGCUGCGUACCGCCGCGCCGACCUGGUGCGCCCUCGUCGCGCGCGAGAAGGCGCUGCUCUCGGACGCAAAGGCAAAGUGGAAGGUGGAGGCGGAGGCGCUCAAGCUGCAGAUGGGCGCGAUGGAGCAGACGGUGGGGCUGCUCGAGCGCGAGGUCAAGGCGCAGGAGAAGGCCGCGCUCGAGCGCGCAGAGCCGCGCGAGGCCAGCCCCGGCUGGCGCAGCGACUCGCCAGGCGGCGGCCUCGCGGGCACGAUGUCGUUUCUGCGGCCGCCGCGGCCAGACAGGGCGCCGCUGCCGCCGUUGGUGGAGGGCAGUGGCACGGGCACGGACGCGUCGAGCUCCUGUGACGCGGCCGACAUUGAGGUGAAGCUGGGGAUGCUCGAGGACAAGCUUGCUUCGACACAGGGAGAGCUGGACGAGCGGGCUGAACGAGUGCCGGCGCAGAGAGGCGAGCUGAACGAGUGCCGGCGCGCACACUACUUCCCCGCCAGCGAGGGGUACCGCCUCCGCUUCUCCGUCCGCGACAUGUACAUCGGCUUCAAGGACGCGCACCUCGAGCAGCUCGCGUCGGGCGGCCGCACGCAGUACCCAAAGAUCACGAUCCGGUGGCACGGCGACGCCGCCGCCGGCGCAGACGAGGCGGCGGGCGGGCUGCUCCAGUUUGUGGCGCGCGGCGUGUCGCUCGUCAACCGCACCGAGGUGCUCGGCGCCGAGUUCUCGCCAACGAUCGGCUUCGGGCGGCUCGCUGUGGCCGCGCGCUUCGUGGCGGAGAUACCGCUCGUCUACAAGGCCAAGCGGCGCAAGUGGAAGUUCGAGCGCGGGUUCGGCAUCCACCUCCUCGAGUGCAGGACCAACCUCGGCCCCAGCGACAUGAGCCCGGUCCGGCUUGUCGUCUCUGCCGUCAUCGAGCGCAUCAUCAAGAAGGUUGUCCUCUCGCAGAUCGGGCCGUACCUGGGCAGCUACCUCUGCCAGGCGCGACACGGCGCCACCGUCUCGCUCGGCCUCGACAUCUCCGGCCCGCCGGCUUCUCUCUUCGAGCGCCCCAUUGCCGCCGACGACCGGCCGGCGACCCAGCUCGGUCUCUCGCCCGCCCAGAUGCAGAUGCUGCUCGAGGCGGGGCGAGGCCUCGGAGGCGACGGAGGCGUCGCCGCCGCCGCCGCAGACUCCUCCGAGGCGCUGCUGUCGCCUGAGCCAACGGACGAGGCCGCAGAGGCGCCGGGUGGCGCCGCCGACGCCGCCGCCGCCGACGAGCCCGCCGCCGCCGCCGCCGCCGCCGUGCUGCCGACGGCUUCUCGACACUCGCAGGGCUGCUGCGUCUGUUUGCGCAGCUGGGCGAGCUCGACAUGGACGGCUUGGUUCGCGCCCUCGAGGCAGGCCUCGCGCCGCUCGCCGCCGUGUACGGCGUGCCCGCCCCCGAGGUGCCGGCCUUGCUGCAGCGUGCCGCGGAGCUCGACAGCAAGCCGGCGGCCGUGCGGCUUGUCGUGCGGCGGCUGGCGUUUGGGCUCGAGCCCGACGCGGCGCUCGACACGCUCGUCGCGGCGGUGCGCGAGAUGCUCGCCAAGGAGGGCAAGAACCACGGCUCUGCAAAAACCUUCCUCGACCGCCUCUCCGCCGAGGGGGCGCUCUUCCUCUCGGCCAUCCGCCGCUCGGUCCGCCACGCCACCGCCACCGUCGGCCUCUCCCUCACCGGCGGGCCGAGCGGCAACUCGCUGCUGCGCGCCGACGAGGCCGCCAUCGACUACGGUCCGUACGCCUCGUGGCUCUUCACGCCGCUGGUGUCCGGCUACAACCUCGCCGCCCACAUCCGCGACGACGGCCAGGUCCAGAUCGACGCGACGUGCCCCGCCACGCUGCACGACAACCUACCUCCGCUCGCGGACACAUUUGGUGACACAAUCGGCGGCGGCGGUGCGCCGCGCCCCCUCGACGGCGGCGGCGGCUUGCCGCACGCGGCGGUCUCCGCCGCGGACUUGGGCGUUCUGGACCCGGACGGGACAGUGCAGGCGGCCUUCCGCUCGUUCGACAAGGACGGCUCGGGCGGGCGGGCUGGACGUGCACGAGAUCCGCAGGGCGCUCAAGGAGCUCGGGCUGCGCACCGAUCACAGCGAGGCGGCGGGCGUACUUGCAAAGUACGACGUCGACGGCGGUGGUACACUCGGCCUCGAGGAGUUCGCGAGCCUGGCGGCCGACCUGCAGCGCUCGAGCGAGCACCAGCCGCGUGUCCGCCUCGCGCGGCUUGUGGCGCGGCGUGCCGGCGUGUCCCUCUUCAUGCACGGUGUCGAGUGCUGCCACGUCUCCCUCGUGCAGGCGCCCGAGCACUUGCCGCUGCCCACACCGCCAGAGCUGCAGACCCACGCCGCCGCCGCCUCGCGCGAGUCGCUGCCCGUCGCCUCCUCGGCGCUGCCGGACCUCGAGGCGGCCCUCGGCGGCAGCGGCGACCAGCUGACGCUGGAGCAACGGCUCGGGACUCCGUGGCCGAGCACACCUCCAAGGCUGCGCUCAACCUCGGCGACGCGCUCUCUGC